GCUCUCCAGCCUCAGAGGCGACGCGCGGGCGGGCAGCAGGAGCAACGUAACCCCGCGGCUCCAGCGGCGCAAGCAGCCGCCCCAGAGGCCCCUGCGGCAGUGCAGCAGCGUAGAGGCGCCCUCCUUGCCUGCUUCGCGCCGCCCGGGGCCGCCGCCCCGAUGAGCUCGUACUUCGUGAACCCGCUGUACUCCAAGUACAAGGCGGCGGCCGCGGCAGGCGAGGCCAUCAAUCCCACUUACUACGACUGUCACUUCGCGACUGAGGUCGGCGGCCGCCACGCCGCUGCCCUGCAGCUCUAUGGCAACAGCACCGCCGGCUUCCCGCACGCGCCCCCGCUGGCGCACGCGCACCCGCACCCUUCGCCGCCGCCCGCCGGGCCGGGUUGCGGUGGUGGGGGCGGCCCGAGCCCCGGCCAGGACUACUUCCAUCCCGGCGGGGGCAGCCCGGCCGCAGCCUACCAGCUCGUACCCCCUCCUCCUCCGCAUCCUCCUCCUCCUCCGCAGCCUCCCCCCUGCGGCGGGAUUGCCUGUCACGGGGAGCCCGCGAAGUUUUACGGAUACGAUAACUUACAGAGACAGCCGAUUUUUACGACCCAGCAAGAGGCCGAGCUGGUACAAUAUCCUGACUGUAAAUCGUCCAGUGGUAAUAUUGGCGAGGACCCAGACCACUUAAAUCAGAGUUCGUCUCCUUCUCAAAUGUUUCCCUGGAUGAGACCACAAGCAGCUCCUGGUCGAAGAAGAGGAAGACAAACCUACAGUCGUUUCCAAACCCUAGAGCUGGAAAAGGAGUUCCUUUUUAACCCUUAUCUGACCAGAAAGAGAAGAAUCGAGGUUUCCCACGCCCUAGCUCUCACUGAGAGACAGGUAAAAAUCUGGUUCCAAAACAGGAGAAUGAAAUGGAAAAAGGAGAACAACAAGGACAAAUUCCCGGUUUCCCGACAGGAGGUGAAGGAUGGGGAAACUAAAAAGGAAGCCCAAGACCUGGAGGAAGACAGAACUGAAGGCCCGACGAAUUAAUUCUACCUUUAAAAUUUUACC